UGACAAUCGGCAUUUCGAAACCAGGUGUAUAAAAGGUCUUGCAGUCCACACAAAGUACAACAGCAUCCAAGAAUUUCGACAGCUUCUCAAGUUAUUUUACUUGAACAUAUCGAGAGCCAAAGGUGAUCAUUCCACGAGACGUACAUGAUGAGGACUGUGACCGUUUGUGUUGUGGCUUUGCUGGCUCAUCUAGCGGCUGCCUCAUUUGAUUGUCGCCGGACAUCGCAGGCAUGCACAUCACCGACAACCUGUUCCUACGCCGCCUCAGUUUGUGACUGCACUUCCGCAGCAGACCCAUCGCAGGGACACGACUGUAGUCUAGUAACAGCAUCGGUAGGAGCCGGCGCUUGUGCUUCUGCCGAUCCGUGCAGUACAGAGGGAACCUGCUACGACGUUGGGGGAACAGCAACCUGCUACUGUGAUGAAGACACGUACGGAGAAUUCUGUGGCCUGAAUCGAUUGGCCGUGGCGUGUGAAACGGGGAAAAUGGUGAUAGGAGUGAAUCCAGCAGGGACAUUCACUGGUCAUGCCUACAUCGAAGGGAAACGCGCUGAGUCCACCUGUAAUCUGGCAGUCGUCCCCGCCGCUACUCCUGGAGACAGUAUCCCGGACGAGUGGCUUGGAUACGCACUUGACUUGGCCAACACUGGCACUAGCUGUGGAGACAUAGUAGCCGUGAACACUGCAGGUAAAACUGAAUACACCCGCACUAUCGUUGUCCAAUACGAGGCUGAUUUUUUGACCAACAUCGACGAUCUUUUCACCGCAAAGUGCGUGUUCAACGAUGCUGGAGCUCUGGUAUACAGCGGUAUCGUCAAGCUUGACCCAGCAUCUUUGACAGGCAACCUGAACCCCAAAUCUACCGAAACAGAGUUCUCGCCUGUGGGCUUGACGGUGACGAGUGCAGGAACACCUGUUGUUUCAACUACGCCUAUUGUUGUGGGUUCUGAGAUCGUGUUCACCUUCACGAUACCCACAGAGUACGAGUCGAUGAGGAUUGUCACGGCCGUCGCUAACAACACAGAUGAUGACAGUUUGAAGACCCUUGAUGUUGUCACCGCCAGUUGCAUGGACGCUGCUGCCUUCCCUAUCGCCGUUGAAGCCCCAACCAGGGGCACAGGGGGGGCAGAUAAAAGGGAAAUAACUCUAAAACUGCGUGCCUUCCACUUUGACGGUAAUGACCAAGUCGGGUUCAAGUUCACCGUAAAAGUGUGUCUCACCGCAAAUGAUGCCGAUUGUGACCCUGAAACGUGUAACGGAGUUACUGCAUCCGGUUUCGGUCGUAAGAAGCGAGAGGCCAGUGAUGACGAGAAGGUCAUCACUAGAUUCAUCACUGUGCGAGACUCCCUGGCUGGGGGACAAGACGGUCAAACUGGACUGACAAACAACGACUGCCAGAUAAAUGGACAGACGACCGUUGCCAUGGUUGCUAUGGGCAUUGUCAUCUUCACACUUAUCAUCCUCUGCCUUGUCCUGAUCGUCCGCUCCGUGUCCCGCCGUACCCGAUCCGAGUCGAAACAGGAACUCCAUGCUUAAAACAUGGAGGUGAUUUUUGGCCCAAAAUAUCGAUACAGCAACGUUCUUAUAUAAUUUAGAACACUUAGCUAUUUCUCACUCAUUUCUCAAAUUAAUAUGUACUUCAUGACAACAUAUUCAUAAAUAGUUGGGUUUAAUGAUAUUUGUAAGUGCAAAGAUUUUGGUAAAGAAUGUCCUUCAUGUUCAAAAUCUAAAGCAUGCCAUAUGAAGGUUCACUAUAGCAGACCUGUAUUUUUACUUUUCGCUUACUGAAUGUUAUGUGAGACUUAAGCUUGUGAUACGUACCCCUCCUCCAGAUAAUGUCUGUAUAGAACUGUACAUCUUUAUGUUAUAUCCUUUAUAGUUUUAUAUUUUUGUAAUAAAACAUCUGACGCAUUGA